CUUUAACUGCUGAAGAGAGAAUCUCACAGAUUUUGCUCUGCAGUAGCAUUUCAUCUCAGGUGCAGGAGGGGUAGUUUGUCACGAUGAGGUUUUUAAUCUCAUUGUACGUGUGUCUUCUGCUGCUGAAUAAUAGUGAAAUAACCAAUGGACAAACAUUAGGCACAACAGAAUUACCACUAACAGAAUAUCCAACAUCAUCAGCUUCAACAGAAUCAUCAUAUUCACCAUCACCAUUAUCAAGAUCAUGUGCUCAGCCCACACUACUCUGCUGUCUUGGACAGGAUAACAGCUGCCAUCGUGGAUGUUUUUGUGAUGAGAUAUGCGUCAUACUUGGGGACUGCUGUAGUGACUACAUCCAGACAUGCGGUCUAUUCACAAACUUCACCACAAUGGCUCCAACAAUACAGACAGCAGAGACUCCGCCCACAGAAUCCUUUACUCCACCCAUCACAACCACUGAAGUGGACCCCUGCUACAACUACAAUGUUCUGGACGAUGUCUGGAGAGCCACCAGUAAUCAAUAUUACUCUGAUUUAAUGUGUGACAUGAAUGUGAAUUGGGAGGGCUGGUAUCGUCUCUUCGUUCAUGGUCAGAGCGUUCAGAUGCCGGACACAUGUGUUGCUCAGAACAGCUGUGGCACUCAUGCACCACUGUGGCUAAACGGUGAACAUCCAAGUUUUGAGGACGGAGUGGUCACCAGAGACGUGUGUGGUCACUGGAUCAAUGACUGCUGUUAUUUCCAAUCCAAUCCCAUACGAGUCAAAGCCUGUCCAGGAGAUUAUUACGUCUAUGAGUUUGUCAGUCCAACUGGCUGCUAUUUUGCAUACUGUGCAGAUGAUGGAAACAGUAGCACUACUCCAACCCCAACCCCAACCACAGAAACUGUAACUGUACCUACAACCACCAUCUCUGACCCGUGCUCGGAUUAUAACAUUAUUGAUGAAUAUUGGAGAGACAUACACCUGAACUCAUUCCUGGACUAUGGACAUGAUGACAGUCUUGUUGAGUGGAACGGCUGGUAUCGGCUGUAUCUUAAUGGAGAAAGUGCUCAGAUGUCUGAGGGGUGUGUUAGUAAUAUGGGAUGUGGUGGUGAAACUGGACUGUAUCUCAGCGGUUCUCAUCCACAACUUGAAGAUGGUGUGGUGACCCGUGAUGUCAUGGGGAAAAAUAUGUGGUGGUGGUACAACAACCAGUGUGACCACUACAGAUCAAACCCCAUCCAGGUGAAAGCCUGUCCAGGAGGUUAUUAUGUCUAUGAACUCAUCACACCAGAUCUGUCGAUCUACAAGCCUUCAUACUGUGCAGUUUCUUUCAGCAGCAUCAGUGAUGAUCCCUGUUACAACUAUGAGUCUCUGGAUCGUCCCUGGAGGGCAACGACUGAAAGUGGAGUGACAAUUUGUGAUGAAUCCUUCUCCUGGAGUGGCUGGUACAGACUUUAUUAUUAUGGGAUGAACAUCCAAAUGCCAGAGACCUGUGUUCAUCCAUACAGCUGUAAUGCAGACUUUGGUCUGUCACUCAACGGUCCUCACCCUCAGAUAGAAGAUGGGGUGGUGACCCGGGAGGUCUGUAUGGGGGACUUUUGGGGUGGCUGCUGUGAUUACAAAUCAAAACCCAUCAGAGUAAAAGCUUGUCCUGGAAAUUAUUAUGUCUAUGAACUUGUGAAUCCAAUAGACAACGCCUGUUCAGGAUACUGCACAGAUGUCAGCACUAUAUCACAGACAGAUUUCAUAACAACUCCAGCUUUCAUUACCGGAUCCAGCAUCAUCUUGAAUUUUGACCCAUGCUCAAUCUACAACAUACUGGACGACUACUGGAGGAGCACACUCAAUUACAUGUAUUUGUAUGGAUAUAUAACUGGACAUGAUGACACGCGUGUGAAAUGGGACGGCUGGUAUCGACUCUUCAUCAAUGGAUCGAGUGCUCAGAUGCCCGACUGGUGUGUUAGUUACAUUUCAUGUGGAGGUUUCAGUUCUCUGUGGCUUGGUGGAUCUCAUCCUGGAGUAGAAGAUGGAGUUGUUACUCGUGAAGUCUACGGCUCUCAUUAUGACCAGUGCAGUCAUUACACAUCCAACCCAAUCCAAGUCAAAGCUUGUCCUGGACAUUAUUAUGUCUACAAACUGACCAGUCCAAAUGUAGCCAUCCCACUCCCUUCAUAUUGUGCAGUUCCUUUAAGCACUCCAAGUGUGGACCCCUGUGACAGCUACACCAGUCUGGAUGAACCCUGGAGAUCCACUGAUAAUUCUUACUAUAACGAUUACUACUACAACAACUACUAUGACAUGUGUGAUUAUAAUGUUGAGUGGAAUGGCUGGUACAGACUCUUCAUCAAUGGUCAGAGCACUCAGAUGUCAGAAUCAUGUGUUAGUCAAGGGAUGUGUGGCACUUACAGCCCACUGUAUCUCAGAGAUCCUCAUCCACAGCUGGAAGAUGGAGUGGUCACACGACACGUCUGUAUGUCUGGAUGGAAUGGAUGCUGUGGUUCUGAAUCUCAUCCCAUACAAGUCAAAGCCUGUCCAGGAGAUUAUUAUGUUUAUGAGUUUGUCAGACCGAUGGAGUGUGCUGCUUACUGUGCAGAGACAACCUCAACCACAGAAACCACUGCGAUCACAACUGGUAAUGUCACAGGCCCAUUUUAUCCGUUUGGAACUGGAGACAUGGAGAAUGGACGCGAUGAUGAUGGAAGUUCUGAAGUCAUCUACCUCCUGCAACCUUUUAUAUUUUUUGGACAAACAUACAUCCAAAUACAUGUGAACAACAAUGGACACUUGACGUUUGAUGGGUCGUGGUCCAGCUUCUCUCCAUACGCAUUCCCAGCUUAUGGCGGUAAAGACAUCAUCGCUCCAUUCUGGACUGAUAUUGAUAACCGCGGGAACGGUGUUAUCUCAUAUCAGCAGUACACCUCCGGCGAUGUCCUGACGCAGGCUACACAAGACAUCAACCAGUACUUCCCUGACCUGAGCUUUUCUGCUUCAUGGGUCUUUGUUGCAACAUGGGACAGAGUGGCAUAUUAUCCAAUUUCAGGAACAGAAACAUCUUUCCAAGUGGUUUUGAUUUCAGAUGGCCAUCUCUCAUUUGUAAUAAUGAACUAUGGUGCUAUUGCUCCAUCACAGCGAUAUGUGCAGGCCGGCUAUGACACCAUCGACUCGAGCCACCAUUUUUCAAUUACCGGAUCACUUGUGAACGACUUCACAAGCUUAACAUACAGCAGCAAUGUCAAUGUAACAGGCAGAUGGGCCUUCAGAACAGAUCAUGGAUCACGGGGUUGUCAGUUCGCUGGUUUAGCAGUGCAGCUGGGAGAUUCUUUCUGGAGUGAUUCCACCUGUCAGGAGAGAUGCACCUGUACCAGUAGUGGUCUCCAGUGCAGCCUGGAGCCCUGCACUUAUUCCCAAGCAUGCCGCAGAGACGCUUUCCAAUACUCUUGUCAGAACAUUCAAAGGCAAACCUGCACCAUCUCUGGAGAUCCUCACUACUACACCUUUGACAACCAGGUUUUUCACUUUCAAGGAACUUGUACUUACGUUCUAUCAGAGGCUUGUGGAAAUGGUUUGCCCUACUAUCGCAUUGAGGGCAAAAAUGAGCACCGCGGUAGUACACAUGUGUCAUGGACUCGGAUGGUCAGAGUGGUUGUGUAUGAUGAAGAAAUUGAACUGAUUAAAGAUCACUAUUAUGAGGCAAAGGUUAAUGGGACCCUUACAGCAACACCUUUCAGUCUGCGCAAUGGCUCCAUCCAGGUCUAUCAGUCAGGUUUCACCUUGGCCGUCAGCACAGACUUUGGUCUGGUUGUUACAUAUGAUGCAUACAGCUGGGUCACCAUCUCUGUACCUUAUGAAUACCAGAAUGCCACAUGUGGUCUGUGUGGGAAUUUUAACCUGUAUCCUGAAGAUGAUUUCCGUUCCCCUUCUGGGGAGAUACUGAGCUCAGAUGUGGACUUUGCCAACUCUUGGAAGGUAGAGGGGGACACAGACCCGGAAUGUCAUAAUGUCAGGUGCACGGGUUUGGCUUGUGCUGGUUGCAGCGAUGACGAAAUGAGUGUUUACGGUGAUACAAACCACUGUGGGAUCCUAGGAGAUGUGUUUGGCCCCUUUGCUGCCUGUCACUCUGUGCUUUCAACUCAGACAUACACAGGGAGCUGUAUGUACGAUCUUUGCUUAGGAGGAGGGUACCAACCCAUUCUGUGCCAGGCUCUCAAUGUGUACGCUGCUCAAUGCCAACAGCAGGGAGUACAACUUGGCCAGUGGAGACAGCAGGGAUUCUGUGAGAUCAUAUGCAAUGAUGAGCACAGCCAUUUUGAGCCUCAAGGAACAAGCUGCCCUGCAACCUGCACUGAUCCCUCUGCCCCCAUGAACUGUCCCUUGCCCAAUCAAGAGAGCUGUAUCUGUGAUGCUGGGUACAUUCUCAGUGCUGGGACAUGUGUUCCUGAAGCAGACUGUGGCUGCACCUUUGAGGGAUUCUAUUACGCUGAGGGACAGUCAGUAGUGUUGGAUGAGGACUGUGGGAGGCAGUGUGUUUGCAGCAGCAGGACAAUGAUCUGCCAUCAGCACCAGUGUGGUCCAGCAGAGAUGUGUGAAGUUCAUCACGGUGUGAGGGGCUGUAGACCCACCAGCUAUGCUUCCUGUUCAGUUGAAGGCCUAGGAUUCUAUCAUACCUUUGAUGGACUAACUUUCAGAUAUCCAGGAGCUUGUGGACUGACCCUUGCAAGGGUCAUGGGACCAUCCCAAUUACCAUCCUUUCUUUUGACAGUGGAGAAAGUACCACGAGGCCUUCAAGGUUUUGCUAGGUUCCUGAAGUUUGAGGCAGAAGGGACUCAUGUCUCCAUAGAAAUGGGGGAAGGGAGCAAUGUGCAGGUGGAUGGACAGAUGGUUGGUUUGCCCAUUAGUGUUGGAUCCAGUCGGAUCAGCAUCUAUCACAGUGGUGUCAUGGGUUUUGUUCUGGAAACAAACUUCGGGGUGACCAUUAGAGCUGACUGGCCACACAUUGUCAGGAUCACGGUGCCGAGCACCUACAGUGGUACACUUGGAGGUCUAUGUGGGAACUUGAAUGGAAAUAUUUAUGAUGAGUUUAUAAGUCCAGAUGGUGUCCUGCUGGAUGGCCCCCAGACAUUUGCAGACAGUUGGCGUGAUGGGUCCCUAUCAGCCCACUGUGAGGAUCCAGCUGACCUCUGGGAACCAGGACAUUAUCAGAACAGCCAGUUCAGUGAGCAAUGCAGCAUCAUGUCCAUGCCCGAUGGACCAUUUGCUGAGUGCAGCAGAACACUAGACCCUACUCAACGAAUCCAAGAUUGCAUUCAGAUGCUAGAGCAGACCAGCGGAGCCAGGGAGGCUCUCUGUGAGGCCCUGCGGGGAUACACUCUGCUCUGCCAACAGAAUGGCAUUGCAGUUGGAGAGUGGAGAAGCAUUACCCACUGUGAACCCACCUGCCCACCGAAUGCCCAUUACGAUCUGUGUGGCACAUCCUGUCCUGCAUCCUGCCCGAGUCUCUCAUUUCCCUUUCAGUGCACCCUGCAGUGCCAGGAGGGAUGCCAGUGUAAUGAUGGGCUUGUUUUGAAUGGAGAUCACUGCGUGCCACCAAUGGGCUGUGGUUGUCGCUAUGCUGGACGUUAUCGACAGCCUGGAGAGCAGUUCUGGCGUGAUGAGGAGUGCCAGUCACUGUGUGUUUGUGAUGGGAUUACUGGAAAUGUCCAUUGCACACCAUCAUCUUGCAGUGAACAGGAACUCUGCAGUGUGGUGGAGGGAGAGUAUGGCUGCCAUCCCAGUCCACAUGCUAGCUGUUCUGCUUCAGGAGACCCCCAUUAUAUCUCUUUUGAUGGGACCUACUUUGAUUUCCAGGGCACAUGCAGAUAUGUGCUGGCCACAGUAUGUAAUGACACUCGUGGUCUAUCACACUUCCAGGUGGAUGCAAGAAAUGAGGCUUGGCAUGGACUCCCAGUGUCCAUUACCGUUGAGGUUUUUGUCAAUGUCUCUGGACAUCUCGUCCACAUGUCACAGGACCUCAAUGGUUAUUCUUCUGUUCAGGUUGAUGGAGAGGUCAGAAACCUUCCCAUCCUACUUGAUUCUGGCCGGGUUUCUGUCUACUCCACUGGAUCGAACACUCUUGUUUCAACUGACUUUGGUUUGAGUGUGACUUACGGCUUCUGGGCGGUAAACAUCAUUGUACCAGCAGACUACCGAGGAAUUACGUGUGGACUUUGUGGCAACUUUAACGGUCAUACAGAGGAUGACUUCAUGACUCCUUCAGGUUCUUUGGCUCCUUCAGUAGACCAGUUUGGGGCAGAAUGGAAGGUUGAGGACGAGAUGCCAUGCAAUAAUGGGUGUGGAGACAACUGUCCUUUGUGCCAAGAUCAGACCAUUGCUCAUGCCAUGUGUGAGAUCAUCAGAGACAACCAGGGCCCCUUUAGCUUCUGUCACGCUUUUGUAGAUCCACAAGCGUACUUUAAUGACUGUUCAUUUGAUGUUUGCCUCUCUGGAAACCUUCAUGAUGUAUUGUGUCAUUCUAUCCAAUCCUAUGUGAGGGCCUGUCAAUCUGCCAAUGCUGUUGUCUUCACCUGGAGAGAAACUACAUCCUGUGACAUGAUAUGUCCAGACAUCAGUACCUAUGAGUUGUGUGGUACAGACUGCGGUCAUACGUGCGCCAGCAGCAUUGAUGCUAGUUGUGAACACACAUGCUCUGAGGGAUGUUUCUGUAAUGAUGGAUUUGUGAGGAGUGGACAAUACUGUGUGCCUGUGGAGCAAUGCGGAUGCUUGUAUGACGGGUUCUACUAUGAUAUUGGUGAACAGAUCUGGGCAUCAGAAUGUUCCCAACACUGUGAGUGUUUUGCCCCAAAUGAUCUGCGUUGUUCCGCAUACUCUUGCCCAUCGACCAUGGAGUGUACAGUCAAAGAUGGACUUCGUGGAUGCUAUGCUGUGACUGAUCCAUGCCUUUCACUCAACUGUACUGAAGAUGAAUGGUGUGGAGAGAGACAUGGUGUUCACGGCUGUUUCUGCAAAGACAACCAAACCAGUCCUGAACCUCACUCCUUUGAUUUCUCUGAAACCUGUGAGAGCAGUUCAGGAUCUCUAUCUCUGUCUCGCUGUCAGCUGUUUGAAGCUGGUUUUUCAGCUCAUGUUCUACAUCUCAAUGACCCCGGCUGCAGAGGAACCAUCCAGAAUGGAAGAGUGCAGUUUCACUUUGAUAACAAUUAUCAGAUCUGUGGCACUAAUCUUGUGGCCAACGGCACCCAUAUCAUCUAUGAGAACUUUAUUUUGGGGACACCAGAGUCAGUCGCAGGUCUCAUCAGCAGAGAGAAAAUACUGAAGCUAAAUUUCAGCUGUAUUUACCCCCAAACACAAACACUUUCUAUGAUAGACAUCAACCCACUGGAGACCAUUUUACACAGGAUUCUUCCGGCUGGUGAAGGGAGGUAUCAGGUGCGAAUGGUUCCCUAUCAGGAUUCUGAGUUCUCUCAGCCCUUCACUGGUCUUGUGGAUGCAGAACUCAAUCAUCAGAUUUUUGUUGAGGUCGGUGUUGACGGGGUUGACAGCCGUCAGUUUGUCACAGUGAUUGACACAUGUUGGGCUACACCUGUGAAUGAUCCAGAUUACAGUCUGCGCUGGGAUCUCAUCACUGGAGAGUGUCCAAAUCCACAAGACAACACAGUGGAGCUUCUGCAGAAUGGUGUCUCAACAUCCAGCCGUUUCUCCUUCAGGAUGUUUAUCUUCAGCUCAAACUCCACUAAAGUUUACCUGCACUGUUCUGUUCAUCUGUGUCUUCUCACCAACAACUACUGCUCAACUCACUGUUAUGCUGGACAUCACCAGAGGUUGGGCAGGUCUGUGGACUUUUACGACAGUUCUUCUAUAUCCAUGGGUCCUCUGGUCUGGUCUGUUGGAAAUUCAGAUGCAUGGAGCCCAUCUGGAGCUUCAGGUCUCUGUGGUUGCUUGAUCAUUCUGCUGUUUUCACUACUGAGUGCCUGCACCCUCUUCUAGGAUAUUUACACAAUUUUGUUUAAAUGAAUUGAAUUUGUAAUUUUUAUAAUCUAUAAAAUAUACUAACAUUUGCUUUUUCAUUUAUUAUAUCUUAAUUUGUUUUCUAAUGAACAUACAGCAAUGGUCUUGUUUUGACAAUUUGAUUAUUCUUUCUUGCAUGAUAAAAUAAGAUUUUAAUUGAC